CGACAUCCUCGCCCGCGACACCACACCACACCUCCAUCUCCAUAUCGAACACCCGUACAACUCCUUACCACACGCCGAGAAACAUCGUCAACAUGGCCACCGAUCUCUGCCCCGUGUAUGCCCCCUUCUUCGGUGCCAUGGGCUGCACUAGCGCCAUUGUCUUCACAUGUUUCGGCGCUGCAUACGGAACCGCAAAGGCUGGCGUCGGUAUCUCUUCUAUGGGUGUGCUCAGGCCCGAUCUGAUCGUCAAGAACAUCAUCCCAGUCAUUAUGGCUGGUAUUAUUGCUAUCUACGGUCUAGUCGUGUCCGUCCUGAUCUCAAACGAGCUCACUCAAAAGGUGCCGCUGUUCACCGGAUUCAUUCAGCUCGGUGCAGGUCUCUCUGUCGGUCUUGCUGGUCUUGCCGCAGGUUUCGCCAUUGGCAUUGUGGGUGAUGCUGGUGUGCGUGGUACCGCGCAGCAACCAAGAUUGUUCGUCGGCAUGAUUCUUAUCCUCAUUUUCGCAGAAGUCUUGGGUCUUUACGGACUUAUCGUUGCUCUGCUCAUGAACUCGCGCGCCAGCCAAGAUGCUGAGUGCUAGACGAGUGUAGCGAAUGCGAUGCGCAGACCAGACUUUCGAUCACUAGCGCGCAUCAGAUGACAGGAAUGAAUUCAAGUGGCGAUCUGGUGGUGGGCGCGACGAAAGGCCGGCCGGCCGUGCGAGUUGAUUGCAUAGGUUGGCCAUGCCGCCUGCAGGAGGAUUGAAUAAUGAUGCAACAGGACGCAUCUUCCGAUUAGCAUGUAACGGUAGUUGUAUAUUCAACAGCAGGCGUUUUCAAGACAAAAUAGUAGACGCUGUAUGUAAGGGAUUUUCACUGG